AUGUCAUUAGAAAUCGAAUCUGCUGAUGUUAUUCGUCUCAUCCAACAAUAUUUGAAAGAAAACAAUCUGUUACGAACUUUAGGUCAAUUACAAGAAGAAAGUGGGAUUUCCUUGAAUACAGUUGAUUCGAUCGAAAGUUUUAGUACUGAAAUUAACAAUGGUCAUUGGGAUACUGUUUUACAAACAAUUCAAUCAUUGAAAUUACCUGAUAAUAAACUCAUUGAUCUCUAUGAACAAAUAGUUAUUGAAUUAAUUGAAUUACGUGAAUUAGGAGCUGCACGUACUUUAUUACGUCAGACAGAUCCAAUGAUAAUACUGAAGCAGCAGCAGCCAGAUCGUUAUGUUCAUUUGGAAGAUUUACUUACUCGGUCAUAUUUCGAUCCGAGAGAAGCUUAUGCAGAAGGACAAAAUAAAGAAAAACGUCGUCAAGCUAUAGCUGCUGCUCUUGCUGGCGAAGUCAGCGUUGUACCAGCUUCACGUCUAUUGGCCCUACUAGGACAAGCACUUAAGUGGCAACAACACCAAGGGCUUUUACCACCAGGUACUUCUAUCGAUUUGUUUCGUGGUAAAGCUCAAGUACGUGAACAAGAAGAAGAAAAAUAUCCUAGCCAAUUAAAUCGUGUGAUGAAAUUCGGUGCAAAAUCACAUGUAGAAUGUGCGCGUUUUUCACCUGAUGGUCAAUAUUUAGUCACCGGUUCGAUUGAUGGCAUCAUCGAAGUAUGGAACUUUACAACAGGAAAAAUUCGCAAAGAUUUAAAAUACCAAGCGCAAGAACAAUUCAUGGUGAUGGAUGGUGCUGUGCUAGCUUUAUGUUUUAGUCGAGAUUCUGAAAUGUUAGCAUCUGGAAACCAAGAUGGACAAAUCAAAGUUUGGAAAGUUUUAACUGGUCAAUGUCUACGAAAAUUCGAUAAAGCACAUUUGAAAGGAGUAACAAGUUUAACAUUUUCAAAAGAUAAUACGCAAUUAUUGAGUACGUCAUUCGAUCAAUUUAUUCGAAUUCAUGGAUUAAAAUCUGGUAAAACAAUAAAAGAAUUUCGGGGACAUGCUUCAUUUGUUAACAAUGCGAUCUUUACAAUGGAUAACCAUCAUAUUAUAAGUGCAAGUUCCGAUGGUUCGGUGAAAUUAUGGAGUAUGAAAAGCGCGGAAUGUACUGCCACGUUCAAAUCAUUUAGCAGUACAGACAUAACUGUGAAUAGUGUGCAUUUAUUAGCUAAAAAUGCUGAACAAUUUGUUGUCUGUAAUCGAAGCAAUACGGUGGUGAUUAUGAAUAUGCAAGGACAGAUUGUCCGAAGUUUCACGAAUGGUAAGAAAGAAAACGGUGAUUUUAUAUCCUGUUGCGUAUCGCCACGUGGUGAAUGGAUUUAUUGUUGUGGUGAAGAUAUGAUGCUCUAUUGUUUUAAUGUGCAAUCGGGUAAACUUGAAAAAGUUUUAUCGGUUCAUGAAAAAGAUGUGAUUGGUCUAUGUCAUCAUCCACAUCAAAAUCUGAUUGCAACAUAUGCAGAAGAUGGAGCACUGAAGUUAUGGAAAUCUUAG